AUGAAUGACCCCAACUCGUCUGUGAUCAAUCCCCCAGCCAGAGAUUUGGCUGCAUCCCAGACCCCAGCGCCGAUCUACUGCUUCGCCAUCACCAUGGAGGCUUCUCUUGCCACCUGCAUCCUCGCUGCUCUCCUGGCUAUGGGGGCCUGUCUGCAGUGUGAGGUUUGCGAUGGACCAGGAACCAGCUGCUCGGGCGACCUACAGACCUGCCUUGAUGGGCAAGACUCUUGUGGCGUCGCUCUGACAGAAAUGACAUGGGCGGGAAUGAAGACCCAGACCGUUCUCAAGGGCUGUGUGACAUCCAGCCAAUGUAGAUCCGGCCCCGUCUCUGUGAAUUUCGGGAAUGGAAUGGAAAUAAGGACACGCUUCACCUGCUGCGUGGGAGACGCCUGCAGAACAACCACAGUUACAGCGCAGCGGCUCCCUGACGGAGCCCGGCUGGGGCUGCCUCUCACGCCAGCUGCCCUGCGUCAUUGCUGUGUGCAGGGCGGGGGCCUGUCCCACCUCCUCUACGCCCCUGCCCGGGUCUGUCUGCCAGGGACAGGGGCCGAGUGA